AUGGCGGAGGUACCGCCUGGGCCUAGCAGCCUCCUCCCACCUCCGGCACCGCCGGCCCCGGCGACGGCCGAGCCCCGCUGCCCCUUCCCGGCGGGGGCCGCCCUGGCCUGCUGCAGCGACGACGACGAGGACGACGAGGAGCACGAGGCGGCGGCCCAGGGGCGGCCGUGCGUCCGCUGCCCUCCGCCGCAGGCGCAGCCCCAGCAGCCCCAGCAGCCGCAGCAGCUCAACGGAUUGAUCAGCCCCGAACUGCGACACCUCCGGGCGGCCGCCUCUCUCAAGAGCAAGGGCCUGACGAACGCGGCCGCUCCGGACGGGGACCCCCGAGCGACUGCCACGGACGAGGGGUCCCCACCACCGGCGCACCCCCACAAGGCCAGAACUGCGCUCCCGGGCCCGGCUCUGGAAGCAGCGGCGGCGCGCAAUGGACUGGCCGAGGGCGCCGGGCAGCAGCAGCAGCAGCAGCAGCAGCGGCGGCAGGAGGACGACCACGGUGACCAGGAGGAGCAGGUGCGGCUGCUGUCCGCAUCCCUAAGCGCCGGCUGCAGUUUAAGGAGCCCCUCGGGCAGGGAGGUGGAGCCCGGCGAGGAUCGGACGAUACGCUACGUCCGAUACGAGUCCGAGCUGCAGAUGCCCGACAUUAUGAGACUGAUCACCAAAGAUCUGUCCGAACCCUACUCCAUUUAUACCUAUAGAUAUUUUAUCCACAAUUGGCCACAGCUGUGCUUCUUGGCCGUGGUGGGGGAGGAGUGUGUAGGCGCCAUCGUUUGCAAGUUGGACAUGCACAAAAAGAUGUUCCGCAGAGGUUACAUAGCCAUGUUAGCUGUGGAUUCCAAGUACAGGAGGAAUGGCAUCGGUACUAACUUGGUGAAGAAAGCUAUUUAUGCCAUGGUUGAAGGAGACUGUGAUGAGGUUGUUUUGGAAACAGAAAUAACAAACAAGUCUGCUUUGAAACUUUAUGAAAACCUUGGUUUUGUUCGAGAUAAGCGGCUGUUCAGAUACUAUUUAAAUGGAGUUGAUGCACUGCGGCUUAAACUGUGGCUGCGCUGAGAAACUGACAUCCUGACACCACAGAGCGACUUCUCACCGUGCAGACUCGACCGUUGCAUGCAAUGCAAUUUGUACAGAAUUGCUUUGCAGGUGGAUUUCGUAAUUUCCAUGCAGCUCUUCUCUGUCAGUGUCUCGUUGAUUGUCGCACAAUAUUUGUUGCACUUUGGCAUGGCACAUUUGUUCCGAAUUAAAAAGAGUGUUUUAAACUUCAGAAGUUCUUUUGGUACCGAGGAGAUGUGCCAGUCGGCAGCCACGAUUGGUGUGUUCAUUUGCAAAGUCCGCUGGCGAUGUGAUUCACACGAUGAUCAUUUUAUUACCUGUAAGUGGAACAUGGUUUUUGUUCUUUAAAAAAAACCAUCGUAGAUUGUGAAAGUCUUUAUACUAACAUUUCACACAAAGCCUACCAUAGUUUUCUGAAGGGGGUGAGAGAAAAGCUUCAAUUUUAACUCUUGUUUGUUUUUCUCAAUAUUAAAAUUCCCGGUCUUGAAUAUUGGUACCUCAUUGAUUAGUGGAUGAGAUAGGCGUAGGGUGGGGCGUGUCUCGCGAGUGACAGCAGCAGUGAAGUGGCGUCUGUCCUCCCCGUGUAGGUAGCUGUGUUUGUCUUCAUCUCCGCCUUUUACCUGCAUGCUGUCCUUUUCUUUCAGGCCUUGACAGACAAACCUUUGUCUUUAUUUAAAAUCUAAAAUUUGAUAAUAAAUUAUUUCAGAUUUGUAUAAUUUGGAUACCUUUUCCAGGUGAGUGGCAGAGUGGUUUACUUCACAAGUCCCUUUCAUGAUUAUAAGAAGUUGAAUCUACUUGGAAAACCUUUGAGGAACGGCUCCCAGGGGGACGAGGGAGUUGAUGGAAUUGCUGGGUUUUGGAUGCACUUUUUUUAAUUUUCUUAUUUUUUUUUAAUUUUUGAAAGUGAGGGAAUUUUGGGAAAGCGAUAGAAAAUUAAUGUAAAUUGCUUUGAUUUAUUUAAUCAGAAUUAUUGCAAAGUUGUGAAGAACAGCUUUUAUAAAGUAGCUGGAAUUUUAUUUUCCCCGCUUGAUUUGGAUUCCCAUAGCUUCCUUUUCUUAAAAUGCUUCAUUUUUGGUUCUUGAUCUUAGAGAUAAAUUUCAAGAUGCAUUUUUAUUAAUUAUAAGCUGCUUUAUUUUCUUUUCACUUGUAUGAGCGAAUUCUCCGAGGAGCUUUGCCUUAUUGCUCCAGAAAAACAAAAGGGGAGAAUGAAAAUCUUUUGUAGAGUGAGUUGUGCGGGUUUUCUCAGCAGCCACCAUGUGUGUUAGCUUACGCUGACCGGCGCAGUGUAACAAGGUUUGAAAUCAGCUGCCUUCAAUCGAGUCAGCACACCUGUGAUAACUUACUUAACUGGAAAACCUAGGUACCCAUAAGAAAACAAGAUUUCUCUGUGGAAAAUGUUUUUUUUUAGCAAUUUGUGUUAUUUCCAUUUUCAUAUUCUCUACUUCUGCUCCAUGAUUUGGUUUGAGUUUUAUUUUAUGGCUGUAAUUACUGUAUUUUUUUUUAAAACCCUACCUCCAUUGACAGUUGAUAAAGGCCCCUUUUCAGGAAAGUUUGUUGAUUUUUUUUUUUUUUGGUAAGAAAAGCUGCUCUUUGCUCAGUAUAGUGUUUUGAAAAGGUGAACAUGGUCAAAUAAUUUUACAAAUAAAGAUACACAAUUUAUAUUUGAUGAAAAUAAAAACUUCCUGCUGGUGGGAUC